GACCUAAAGGAAUUUUGUGUAUAUCGAUCCCGAUACUUAAACCGAUUACGAAAACAAAAACAUAAACUUCGCUAAUAUUUGAUCCAGAUUCCUUAGAAAAUGCGGACAACACUUUUACGGGGAAUCUUGUAUCCCUGGAAAUCAGCGUCAGUUAAGCCUGUAGCUCCGAGAACAUGGUGCGAGGCCAGAAGAUUCAUCAGGACAACGCCCCGUCUACACACACUGACAGACAGACAGAGAGCCCAGUUAGACGAGGUCACCAUGGUAACAAGACCAGUAGAUCUGUUGUCAGAGGAGGAACAAAUGAUGAAAGAAUCAGUCGCCAAACUUGCAUCAGAAGUAAUUAAACCUCUAGUCAGGAAAAUGGAUGAAGAAUCUCAGUGUGACCCCACUGUACUCAAAGCCCUAUUUGAAAAUGGGUUGAUGGGCAUUGAAAUAGACUCCGAGUAUGGAGGAACCAACUCGACAUUUUUUGCUGCAAACCUUGUGAUUGAAGAGCUGGCCAAGGUGGACCCAGCCAUCAGUGUGAUGGUGGACGUACAGAACACACUGAUCAACACCCUGAUAAAGAAGCUCGGGACACCCGCUCAGAAGGAGAAAUACCUCACCAGGCUAGCAACAGAUAUGGUUGGCAGUUUUUGUCUGUCUGAAGCAGAUUCAGGAUCAGAUGCCUUCGCCAUGCGCGCAGCCGCAGUGAAACAGAAAGAUUACUUCAUCCUCAAUGGAACAAAAAUUUGGAUCACAAACGCUGAACAUGCAGGGGUUUUCUUAGUCAUGGCCAAUGCAAACCCAACAGCAGGUUACAAGGGGAUCACCACCUUCAUCGUUGACCGGGACACAGAAGGACUGAGCAUAGGGAAGAAAGAGGACAAGCUGGGGAUCCGGGCCUCCAGUACCUGCCCGGUACACCUUGACAAUGUCAAGGUGCCUGCUGACAACAUCCUUGGAGAAUUUGGUUUGGGAUACAAGUAUGCCAUUGAAAUGUUAAAUGAAGGAAGGAUUGGUAUUGCUUCACAGAUGCUGGGCUUGGCCGAGGGCUGCUUCCAUGCAACUGUACCAUACACACUUGAAAGAAAGCAGUUUGGAAAGAGAAUUUUUGACUUCCAGGCUAUGAGGCAUCAGAUUGCCCAUGUGGCCACACAGAUUGAAGCCUGUAGAUCACUGGUGUACAAUGCUGCAAGGAAGAAGGAAGCCGGUCAACCAUUCCUGAAAGAAGCUGCCAUGGCCAAAUUAUAUGCAUCAGAGCUGGCCACUAUGACAACUUCCAAAUGCAUUGAGUGGAUGGGCGGUGUAGGGUUCACAAAGGAUUACCCCAUAGAGAAAUUCUACAGAGAUUGUAAAGUUGGAACUAUUUAUGAAGGAACCUCAAACAUUCAAUUGAACACUAUUGCCAAAUGCCUGGAAGCAGAGGGAUUUUCAGGGAACUGAACCAAUUGUGAUUAACUCACUUCAGAAGGAUAUACAUGUAAACAUACAAUUCCUGGCCUAUUGAACAUGUUGAAUAUGUUUUACUAGCUAAACUAUGACAUGCAUACCCUAAAUCUUCUUUUAUUUCUGUGAGUCAACAUGGAACAAAUGAUUUUGUGUAACUUAUGUUUUCAAUGUUAACCUCAACUGAUAUGAAAAUGUAAAAUUGGGGUUGUUUAAGAUUGGCAGGUUCAUUUCCUCAACAGUGGUGGUGAAACUUGUGUGACAUAUAAGAGGUCUGGAUGGUUUUGGCCAUUUUUAGACUUUAUUUAUCUCCUUUAGAAGAAGAGUUGUGCCUAAAGAUUAAAGAAAAUGCUCCUAAAAUGUUUGGAUUUUUGCUUUACUUAAUUUGCCUACACAACAGUAUUAAGUAUUAACUUAGUUUGUCUGACAUGCAUCUUUUGAUCUCUUCCCUUAAUAGAAUGUACUUGAUAAUAGAAAUGUCCUGUCAAACAAAACAAUCAUGUAUUUAUCAAGUGAGAUUAGCUGUAUAUCAUUUUUAUUAUAGGAUUAUUUAUGACUCGCUCUUUAAGGGGAUUUUUCAAGAUCUCCUGAACUGUUUGUUUUGUUUUCUAUAUCAUGUUUGUGCAUUUUACAAAAGUUUGAAUAAAAAAGAAUGAGGAAAUUUCUGUGUCAAUUUUUGA